CUGGACUGCUGGAAAAAAAUUGGCGGACUCUGCUUACGUAAUUUGUGUCUUGCACUCUUGUAUUCUCCUUAAUGUUCUUCCAAAUUUCGCAGUCGUCAACGUGAUGGGCUUCAUGUCGUUGUGACUGUAUUGAGACUCUGGUCCUAGUUGAAGGCACUGCUGCAUACACAGAUUCAUUUGUCGCACACUGCAACUUCGGAACUCCCUAUCGUGGUGUGCUUGUUUGUAUCAAGUCUCGUGCCCAGAAAAAAAGGCCAGCUACACAGGAAAACAGCAAUACCAUGGAAGGGUAGCCUUUAGAGCACCGAUUUACGCGACGCUCCAGUUUCCUCCAGCUUUAAUCGAAAGCGGUCAACUCUUGACAAGUAGAACACGAAACUUACUCCGACACUUCAGAAUGAACGGCAAAGGACUGGAAUUGACAUCCAUAGACGACCUACUCAGCUUGCAGUAAUAGAAUUGCCGCAACAAGAAGAUGUGUGGUUAUCCCAUCGGGAAGACAAGUGUCUUGAGGACAUUUCAUUUGCAACGUAUGAUGAAGCGUCUUCAGCUUCGCUUAAGUUGUAGUCGUUUCGGUUAUGUUAUGUUCAGUUCUAUCGUUCCAUCACAUCGAAAGAGGAUGAUCGAAACCAAAUUGCCAUCCAGAAUCGAAAGGAUCACGUUGCCCAUGAUAUUUUCGCCUCUCGAUAUUUGUUGAUUACCGUCUUCGGUAGCUAACCACUAACGCAGAACAGGAAAAUUAUAGGGAUGUGAAGAG